UGUUUAAUUUAAGACUUUUUUAUAUGUAAGUAACAGCCAAGAAAUCAUUUGCUUAUUUCUGCGGCUAAGGAUUGUUGAAAGAUCAUUUUGCCAUGACCUGAAAGCUCUUAUUUUUCAUUGCUUAAGCUUUCUUCAAUCAGCCACAAGAAUGUCAAUGGCCUUAUUCUCAUCUCCCCCACUUCACUUCCCUACUCUUACCCCUUCAAAACAUCACUUAACCCCCAAACCUUAUCCUUCUAUAAGUUUCAAGAAACCCCAUCUCUCUUUCUUGGUUUCUCCGAAGGCCACUGAUAAUGGGUCAGGUGGUGUAGUUUCCUCUUCUUCUGUUACUGUAGAGCAGGAAGUACCUGAAGAAAAAGCUCAGGAUGGUGCUGUGGAAGUUGAGGAGUCAAAUGAGGCUUCUGUAGGCUCUAAUGGGUCACCGCCGGUGGCUUCCACCGGAGCUCCGGUACCGGAGACUGUGAAGAUGUUUCAAGAUACGAGAUGGGUUGGUGGGACUUGGGAUUUGAAGCAAUUUCAGAAAGAUGGAGAAACCCAUUGGGAUUCUGUUAUUGAUGCUGAGGUUAGGAGAAGGAAAUGGUUGGAAGAUAACCCAGAGUCAUCAAGUAAUGAAGAACCUGUGCUUUUCGACACUUCCAUUAUUCCUUGGUGGGCAUGGAUGAAGAGAUUCCAUCUCCCUGAAGCUGAACUUCUCAAUGGUCGUGCUGCAAUGGUUGGUUUCUUUAUGGCCUAUUUUGUGGAUAGCUUGACUGGGGUAGGCCUUGUUGACCAAAUGGGGAACUUCUUUUGCAAAACACUGUUGUUUGUAGCUGUGGCCGGUGUGCUUCUGAUACGGAAGAAUGAGGAUAUAGAAACACUCAAAAAGUUGGUGGACGAGUCUACUUUUUAUGACAAGCAAUGGAAAGCGUCUUGGCAAGACGAGAACUCAAGUAGUUCAAAGGACUCUUGAACACAUUUUCUCACUUAAGCUUUGAUUUUCAUAUAUUUGGAAGAUUGCGAUUAGGUGAUGACACAAUGCUAGUCAAAAGAGAGCCUAAAAUCUGUAUUCACCAUUUUGUUUAGUUCUAAUUGUAUCUUCUUUCCUUUCUUAUUUUGUUGUUUGACAGUAAAAUCGGUUCUGUUUUUUUCUGUAGUAAACAAUCUCUUAGCUGAUCUAUGAUAUUAUUUUGUCAGAUUGCUUA